GGCGCGGCGGCAGCAUGUCGGACAACGAGGACAACUUCGACGGCGACGACUUCGACGAUGUGGAGGAGGACGAGGGGCUCGAGGACCUGGAGAACGCCGAGGAGGAGGGCCAGGAGAACGUGGAGAUCCUGCCCUCGGGCGAGCGGCAGCAGGCCAACCAGAAGCGCAUCACCACCCCCUACAUGACCAAGUACGAGCGGGCGCGGGUGCUGGGCACGCGCGCCCUCCAGAUCGCGAUGUGCGCCCCGGUGAUGGUGGAGCUGGAGGGCGAGACAGACCCCUUGCUGAUCGCCAUGAAGGAGCUCAAAGCGCGCAAGAUCCCCAUCAUCAUCCGCCGAUACCUGCCAGACGGGAGCUACGAGGACUGGGGUGUGGAUGAAUUAAUCAUCACAGACUGAUCCGCCUGCAAAGCCGUUGCUUUUGGUUCUUCCUUCCACAGCAGAUGUUUCUAUUUUUGUUUAUAUUUGUGUAAAUAAAUUGUAAACUGCCCUA